UUGGAGAAAGCGCACGUGUGGUUGCCGAACGUUGCAGCUAGAAACGAACUGAAUAGAUCCGAUGUGAUUCGUUAUUGUACAUGUUAGUGAGGCAUAUUUGUUCUAAAUAUCCUUUUUCCAUCUGAACGUUCCAAAACGCCCAGCAGGUAUCGUAAUGUAGCCUACGCCCUCUGGCGACGGAGUUUGAUUAUUACACUACACUUAUUUCCAAUGCACCCUAUUUUAAUCAGAAUAAUCUCUAUGUCCAAAUCAUGUUUUUCUAUAAGAUUAAUUAUUGGGCGACUGGUAAUCAAAUGGCUUCUUGUUGGUCAUUCUGUAGAUGUUUGUAUUUCUUUUUUCAACCCCACGUUUUUAUGAUGGCAGUGUGUCAAGCGCCGCUGUGGUGUGUGCGCCAUGAAUAAUCUUGUGAAUUACAGGAUGCAAAUGCUGUUGCCGGUGUCGAAACUGUAGGGUAUUUUCUCUUUUGUCCAGUAGUGUGCUGGAGUGGAUUUUCCUCUCCACCCCUUUUAUGUGUGGUAGGACACAUCCCUUCAUAGCGACCACGGCUGCUGUCACCAACACCACAGCGCCGAUGCUAUCAUAGGAGGACUGGAUGACAAUCUCUUUCGCCUAUUAGGACAUUGGAUUUGAAAGACAGCUUUCAGCCAUUUUAUCAUCGGUAAACUUUCGCUCUUUCUAUCCCUUUUCAUUUUGAACAAUGACUUCAUGAAGUAGGCUUACAAAAGCUAAAUACGCCACGUUUGGAUAAGAUAACAGUGGCUUUUAUUGACGCCAGUUUCCUGCUUUCGCACUCAAUUCUAGCGUGUGACGACAGGGAUAUGGAGUUUGGGGAAGCAAAUAAACUGGUUCGCAUUUUGAACUAUUUACACGAUUUAUCAGUCUACUGCAGCUAAACUGUUAAAUCAAAUAGUUUAUUUAAUUUUCCAGAACGUAUACGCAGUCGCCAGUGAUUGUGUUUUUAUUAGGGAGUGAGUAUCAUUCAUAACCCCCCCCUUAAAUUUCUUGUUGUGGCAAAGCUGGUGAAAUGACCAGAAAUCGGUUUUAAAUCACAAACAAGAGGUCGAAUAGAAGGUCCUAUAUUGCUACACGGAAUCUGGAACUACAAAUGCAGUGUAGAUAAAGUGAUGAUCGAUGUCAUUGUACAGAUACAAUGUUGCUGAUGGGACACAUUCCUAAUGUUGACAUGUAGGCAGUGAUUUUCUCAUUUUGUUGACACACAUGGCUAUCAAAAGAAGUUGUACUACUUAGCUAGUGCCAGGUGCAUCAGCUUACCAAAGCAUACAGGAAGCACACAGACAAGUCUCAGUUUGAGAGAGUGGGCUAUAAUCUUGGGAGAUGACGGAUGGACACAUUGGGAAGAUUGGAACCUGUGACCCUGCAGUCUAAAGACACCAUGGAGCAAGGCUUCAGCUUCAGCACACUGAAGAAGCUGGCAGCCGAGCCGGACCACACGGACGUGAGCCUGACGGCGGCAGAGCGCGUGCGGGCCCUCAGCAAGAUGGGCUGCAGCAUCGAGAUCAACGAAGAGAUCACGCCACGCCGCUACUUCCGGUCCGGGGUGGAGAUGGAGCGCAUGGCCGCCGUGUACCUGGAGGAGGGCAGCCUGGAGAAUGCCUACGUCCUCUACAACAAGUUCAUCACUCUGUUUGUCGAGAAACUCCCCAGCCAUCGAGACUACCAGCAGUGCAGUGUGCCUGAGAAACAGGUGAUAAUAAAGAAGUUGCAAGAUGUUGCAUUUCCGCGGAAAGAUCAAUUGAAGAAGCUCCUCCACGAGAAGUACAACAAGGAACAAACAGAGUAUCUCAAAAGUCAGAGCCAGGCGGUGGUGGCGGAUUGCUGUGGCCAGCAGCUGCAGAAGAUGUCUCUGGUUGAGCAGGAGAGGCAGAGGGUGGCGCAGCUGCGCAGGAUGCAGAUGGAGUCGGAGCAGUUCCGCUACUUCGAGGACCAACUGCGUAGACAGGAGCUGGCCAAUCGCAGAGACGAGGCGGUCGCUAAAGUGCCUGAACAAACAGACGGGGCCUGUCUGUCCCACUCCUCCAAGAACCAUGUUCGUCUCGAACCGAACCGCAAUAAACAGCUUCUCCCCAGCAGCAAGCCAGCAGCUACACUGGCUGGCGUACAUAAUCAACGGGUUGAGGGCCUGAGGCGGGUGGUCAUUCCUAGAGACCUGACCUACAGGUUUCUACUGCUAGCCGACAGUAACACAGCCAGGGGAAUAGAGACAUGUGGGGUACUCUGUGGAAAACUGACUCAAAACGAGUUCAUGCUGACCCAUGUGGUGGUGCCCAAACAGUCAGCCGGCCCAGACUACUGUGAUAUGGAGAACGUGGAGGAGCUCUUUAGUUUCCAGGACCACCACAACCUACUGACUCUGGGCUGGAUCCAUACCCACCCCACCCAGACGGCCUUCCUGUCCAGUGUUGACCUGCAUACACACGGCUCCUACCAGCUCAUGCUGCCUGAAGCCAUCGCCAUCGUCUGCUCGCCCAAACACAACGAUACGGGAGUCUUCAGACUCACCAGCUCUGGGAUGGGGGAGGUCGCUGGCUGCAGACUGAAGGGCUUUCACCCACACUCCAAGGACCCGCCUCUCUUCAGCAUCUGUAGGCAUGUUGUUAUAAAGGACUCGAAAACAACAGUGCUGGACCUCCGGUGACAGCAAGGGGAAGACAAGACACCCACAACCCGGAACUACUAUUUAUUUUUUUAUUUAACUAGGCAAGUCAGUUAAGAACAUAUUCUUAUUGACAAUGACGGCCUACAGUGGGUUAACUGCCUUAUUCAGGGGCAGAACGACAGAUUUUGACAUUGUCAGCUCGGGGAUUCGAUCCUGCAACCUUUUGGUUACUGGCCCAACUCUCUAACCACUAGGCUACCUGCCACCCCUACACUCUAACCACUAGGCUACCUGCCACCCCUACACUCUAACCACUAGGCUACCUGCCGCCCCUACACUCUAACCACUAGGCUACCUGCCGCCCCUACACUCUAACCACUAGGCUACCUGCCGCCCUACACUCUAACCACUAGACUACCUGCCGCCCUACACUCUAACCACUAGGCUACCUGCCGCCCCUACACUCUAACCACUAGGCUACCUGCCGCCCCUACACUCUAACCACUAGGCUACCUGCCGCCCCUACACUCUAACCACUAGGCUACCUGCCGCCCCUACACUCUAACCACUAGGCUACCUGCCGCCCCUACACUCUAACCACUAGGCUACCUGCCGCCCCUACACUCUAACCACUAGGCUACCUGCCGCCCCUACACUCUAACCACUAGGCUACCUGCCGCCCCUACACUCUAACCACUAGGCUACCUGCCACCCCUACACUCUAACCACUAGGCUACCUGCCGCCCCUACACUCUAACCACUAGGCUACCUGCCGCCCCUACACUCUAACCACUAGGCUACCUGCCGCCCUACACUCUAACCACUAGGCUACCUGCCGCCCUACACUCUAACCACUAGACUACCUGCCGCCCUACACUCUAACCACUAGGCUACCUGCCGCCCCUACACUCUAACCACUAGGCUACCUGCCACCCCUACACUCUAACCACUAGGCUACCUGCCGCCCCUACACUCUAACCACUAGGCUACCUGCCGCCCCUACACUCUAACCACUAGGCUACCUGCCGCCCCAUUUAUACCUUUGUUUACAAUGAAGGCUUUUGUAUUUAUUUAUUUUUUUGAAAUGAGGUACUGUGAAUUGAAACUGCUUUGCAACACAAUGGUGUGAGCUAUGGAAUUGUUCUAAUGGUGUUGUUUUAUCAACUCUUUAUUCACUUUAAGUAUGGGAUUUUUUUGGUUGGGGGCUUUUUGAUAGCUUGGCUUGACAAUUUUGGCAGAGGGGAGUUUUUGAGGCAUAUAGUCUUUCUGCUUGUCAGAUUUGAUGUCGAAUUCUCCAGAGAGAACUAUUUUAGCACGCAGGCUUACUGUAAAUGGCCUUAGGUGUUUCAGUGUGAGAACAACUGGCUGAGAAUAAAGUGUGUGUGUGAGCAGGUGCGUGUGUUAUAUGCAUGAUUACAUGAGUGAUAGUCUCCCGUGAGGGUAUCCUUAUCCUUAACUUUCUUGGUACAGGAUACAACAGACGAGACUUGAGAGACACAAUGAUACAGUAUUUACACAAUUGAUUACAUAUGCAGAGAUUCAACAAAUGAACAAACAUUUUUUUGAAAGGUCAUAUAAAAUGGACUGAUUGAAUUGGGAUGGCUCUAUAUGGCUUAGGACGUCUCAUGUUGUCUUUUUAGUCUUAGUUAUAAUAGAUUACAUUUGGCCAGUUGGAUUUUAGCCUUGACAUUUUUUGCAUUAUUUGUGAGUCUUGGAUUUAUCUUGGAAGUGUUGACCUAAAAGAAACCCGUAACUCAGUUCUUAUUUGAAGUAGCCCAUCGAGGUGGAAUAUCUUGUGUGGGGAGGAACAAACCGAAGUGCUCAAAGAAUGAGUGACUUCAGAAAGUAUUCAUACCCCUUGACGUCUUCAAAAUGUUGUUGCCACAGCCUGAAUUCAAAAUGGAUUAAAUAGAUGUUUGUGUCACCCAUCUAUAAACAAUACCCCAUAGUGACAAAGUGAAAACCUUUUUAAAAAAAUUGCGAAGGUAUUGAAAAUGAAAUAUAGAAAUAUCUAAAUUACAUAAGUAUUCACAGCCCCGAGUCAAUACUUUGUAUCGCGAUUACAGCUUUGAGUUGUCUUGGGUAGGUCUGUAUCAGCUUUGCACAUCUAGAGUUGGGGAUUUUCUCCCAUUCUUCCUUGCAGAUUCUCUCCAGCUCUGUUAAAUUUGUUUUGGAGCGGCAUUGAACAGCAAUCUUCAAGUCUUUCCACUGAUUUUCAAUGGGAUUCAAGUCUGGGCUUUGGCUGGGCCACUCAAGGACUUUCACAUUCUUGUUCUGAAGCCUUUCAAAUGUUGCUUUGGCUGUAUGCUUGGUGUCAUUGUCCUGUUGGAACAUAAAUCUUCACACCAGUCUAUGGUUGUUUGCACUCUGAAUCAGGUUUUCAUCAAAGAUUUUCCUGUAUUUGGCUCCAUUUGUUCCCUCCAUCCUUACCAGUCUCCCAGACCAUGCCGCUGAAAAGCACCCCUAUAGCAUGAUGCUGCCACCACCAUGCUUCACGGUAGGGAUGGUGUUAGACGGGUGAUGAGCUGUGCCUGGUUUUCUCCAUACAUAGCGCUUUGCAUUCAGGCCAAGUUUGUCUCAUUAGACCACAAAAUCUUUUGCCUUGCGCUCUGAGUUGUUCACCUGCCUUUUUGAAAACUCCAAGGGCCUCAUAACUGGCUUGUACAUUUUACACAGAAUAUCUGCAUGCACCAUUUCUGAAAAGGGCGCACACACAAAAAAUAUUUAGAUUUAUAAACUUGGUGCAUCCCAUAUAUACACGCAUGUUUCCCGUUUAUAAAUCAGACCUGAAGUAAAGCUGUGCACAUGAAGGAACAAUAUAACUCUGAAAAACACCAAUCAAUGUGUACUUUGGAAAUAUUGGAAUUUUGCCCAUGCUACAGAAGGCUAUAUUGGUCUGCUAAUAAGCAAAAUAUCAACUGUCUGUUCACCUUGUUGAAUUCUAUUGUAUGUUAUAAAGCGCGCUCACUUUCGGAAAUUAAAACAUAUCUAAUACUGGUGGUAAGCCUAAUUAAAUGAGAGCUGCGCAUGGUAAUUUGUUGUAUGGCUACUUCGGGAAUAUGAAUUCAUCUUGGCCAGAAAAUCUGAGGAAUUUCCACUGCAAUGGUUAUGAUAUAUAUAUUUUUUGUUUAUACAUUUAAUUAUUGUCUACUUGAGGAAUUUGACAUUAAUGCAUUCAACGUUUUUAGAAUACAAAAAAUUCAACAAAUUGAUUUUCUCACUAACGGCUAGUGAUAGCAUCUGGUAAUUAUAUAUUUAGCUACCCGAUUUAGUUGUUGUUAAGACGGUCAUAUUUUCCUGCACAAGGCUAGUCUACUUUUGACUUCUUGCCAUGCAAUACCUCAACCACUAGAAACUGCAUACACAUGGUAUAAAGUUUGCGAGAGAAUAAGCACAUUCUCACCAAGUUUUUGUAAAUAAAAAAAUUGCCAACUUUAGCGUGAAAUGGGAAUUUUGGGGAAUUUUUGUGCAUAUAAAGUUUAUAAAUGAAGCCCCAUGUGUGUUGUCAUGUGCCUUUUUCUCGGGAGUGGCUUCCAUCUGGCCACUCUCCUAUAAAGCCCAGUUUGGUAAAGUGCUGUAGAGACUGUUGUCCUUCUGGCAGGUUCUGGCAUCUCAGCCAAGAACUUUAUAGUUCUGUCAGAGUGGUCAUUGGGUUCAUAAUCCCCUCCCUGACCAAGGUCCUUCUUGCCCGGUUGCUCAGAUUGGUAUUUCCAUAUGUUUGCAAUUUCCCAAUGAUGGAGACCACUGUGCUCUUGGAAACUUUCAACACUCUAGAAAUAGUUUUAUACCCUUCCCCAGAUAUAUGAUAUAUAUCUCGAGAUCUACAUACAGUUCCUUGGACUUCAUGGGAUAGUUUCUGCUCUGACUUGCACUGUCAACUGUGGUACCUUCUAUACUGUAUAUAAAUAACCUCCAAACAAUUUAAUUGGCCACAGGGGAACUCCACUUAAGUUGUAGCGAUGUCUUAUGGAUGAUCAAAGGAAAUUGGAUGCACCUGAGCUCAAUUUGGAGUGUCAUAGCAAAGGGGUGUGAAUAAUUAUGUAAAUGAGAUAUUUCUGUAUUUGUUUUUGAACACAUUUGCUACAUUUCUAAAAACAUGUUUUCACGUUGUCAUUAUGGGGUAUUGUCUGUAGAUGGGUGAGAGAAAAAUAUAUAUUUAAAUCCAUUUUGAAUUCUGGCUGUAACACAAAAUGUGGAAUAAGUCAAGGGGUAUGAAUACUGUCUGAAGGCACUGUAUAAGCAAAGAUGCAUUAGACACCUUAUAUGAGGAGUAUCUUUUUGCCAUCCCAAGGGCCUUGACUACACAGUGCUCAGGUAUAAGUUCACUUUCCACCCCCAUGAAGCAGUUAACUAGCCUGGUCUCAGACCUGUUUGUGCCGUCUUGCUUGACAAUGACCAUGGAAGUUAGCGAAACAGCAUAAACAGAUCUGGGACAAGGCUAUCCUUUAACCACCCCUCGCUGUAGAAUAUGGAGCUGUCCUUUUUUCACCUCUGGCAGAAGCGGGCAUAUCUUUUUUUACUCUGCACAUGCCCUCACAGCAGUGCUGAUAAUGGCAUUAUCAGUUGUACAAUGUGGUGUUGGACUAUUGCUGCAGUGUGAUCAGCUGUCCCAGUGGUGCUGCACCAACAUGUUGUGUUGUAGUGGCUUUAUGUUUGGCAAUGGGAAAGACAACCAGUCAAUGCAGUGACUCUACCACACUUUUCCACUGCCAUUUUGGUAAUAAAAAAUGCAUACUGCUUUAUCUCCUUGUCCAAGUUGUUGUUUAACUGCACUUCAUGUGUUGUCAAAUGUAGUUGUUCUGCGCCCCCCAAAUGCACAGAACCAUGUCAUCAAGGGAAAGGAAUGAGUUAAAACAGGUUAUCGAGACAGGACCAGGGAUCCAGUUCCUCUGCAAUCCAGGGCAUGAAGUGUGUCGCUGUACUUAUUUUGUUAGAGAAUAAACAAAGCCAUUCUCCUGAAAGGAUGAACCAGGAAAUCGUUUUUUUUUUCUUUUACGAACAGGCAUUCUGUUGUAGUUCACUUUCGGAGAAUGUGGGGUAGCAGUGGCGCAUAGAUUCUGGUGUCUUUUGUAUAAAAAGAAGAGUAACUGAAAAUGUGGCUCGAUGCAGCGGUAGUUACAGCAGUUAUAUUAGAAAGACUUGUAAUACAAAUGUAUGAGCCAGAGGCCCUUGUAUGAGAGCUUUAUUCCUUCCUUGGGUGUUCGUUCAUGUUCACAUGGAUCUUUACAAACAGUCAGAUGGUUGAAGCUUUCAGCAGUGAUCUGAGCCAUGCGAGAGACCACAUCCAGGGAUGAAGUACUGAACAAAGUGAACAAAAGAGGGAGAAUGCUAUAGCGCUGUGGAACAGAUUCAGCCUCUUCUACUUCAUUCUAUCGCCACUGCUGGAAUCUAUAUACACUCUCCCGGGAAUGGCCCCAAUGGCCCCCAAAGUUUUAUAUCAGCUGCACAUUCAAGCUUUAUUCAUUCAACAAAAAAAACAUAA